CUUUCAUUUGUGUUUACCGAGUUUGGUGCUAGUAUACUGUGCGGUCUACACGUUGUCAAACAGUAUAGCCAGAGUUAUCUACCUUAAAAACUAAUCGUCAUCACCUCACCUUUCUACUUGAAGUUUACCUUGUAUUGAAAGAUUUUUAUAUACGUGUCAUCUUGAUAGAGGAAACAGCAGUCACAUUUUUAAAAGAUUACAAUCAACUGGAUACUCAAGAAGAAGCAAAUCCCUGCCAUCGAUGCGGUGCUGUCAUGCAGGAAAAACAAAAGCGUGGCAGAGGUGAACAAUCCAGGCCUGUACUUCGUUGUCCUCGAAAGAAGUGUCAAACUUUCCGUUCAGUUUGUAAAGGAAACCAAUUUUCCCAUUAUAUGGACAUUUACAAAUUAAACUGCAAGCUGAGCCUGAGUUCCUUGAAAGCUGAACAAAAUGCCAGCGGAUCAGAUUUCCUACUCUGAGAGAUAUUACGAUGAUAAAUAUGAAUACAGACAUGUAAUCUUACCCAGUGAUAUUGCAAAACUUGUGCCCAAAAACCACUUAAUGACAGAAACUGAGUGGCGUAACCUUGGAGUGCAGCAAUCUCCAGGAUGGAUUCAUUACAUGGUGCAUUCUCCAGAGCCUCAUGUAUUGCUGUUUCGGCGUCCAGUGCCAUUACGUGAAAAACCGCAGCAUGUGAACAAGCCAGGGGAGUAAUGGCUGGAUUUAUGUUAAAAUCUCCUGAAGAUGUGUAUAUGUCACUUACUCACUCGGCUAUCUUGCCACCAUCACCACCAGUAGCACCAGCAGUCAGCUACCACAGAAUUUCCCAUUUUAUUCUUUCAGGCUGAAAUAUAUUUCUCCUAGUAUUUAAAAUUGGAACAGAGACAGUUCCUGAUUUGAUUCUAAUCCAAUAAUAGCAACAGUAUUGAAUAAGUUUUUUUUUUUUUUUUUUUUUUCGCUUUCCAAAUUAACCUUCAUUAGCUUGAAGUCAAGACAUCUUUGCUGGCUGCUGGUAUUUUCCCUGGAAAUGUUUCUUGUCAUAUGUUAAGUUUUUGCUAAGUGUUGUUUCACUGAAUAUUUUAUGUUUGAUCUCCAUUCCUUCUUAUAAAAACUGAACAAGACAAAUCAUAUCAACAUCAUACAUUUUUUUUUUAUAUUUCCAUUUUAUUUCCUUUUUUUAUUUGUUCUUCUAACACAGAUGCUCACAACCUGUGCAGCAGCAUCUCCUCAGGGCAUUAUAAGCUCUCAAAGGAACAGCAAAUGUCAAGGAGACACUAGUGUUUAGUAAAAUUAUAUUUCUUUGAAAUAAAAUAUUUAAACCAAAUACAAAA